GGUCAAUCACCUAUAAGAAAUAUAGGCUUGGCUUUGAGACCAUUAACUAACUGAUCGGUGUGUUUACAGCUAACUGUGUCAAAGUGCGCAGUUUGCACAGAGACGCUCGGUAUGGGCGGAAUGCAGGCAUAUCAGCUGGUUAAACGGCUGGCUGGCCUGUUACCGGGCCUGCAGGCCAAUGAUGUCGUUGUGGCGUUUUCACCCACGCUCCCGCCAGCGCAUCAACUGCUAUAAAUCCGUAUUUAUUCUACUUGAUAUUAUGCUCCAUGGCGAUUAUCACCAACACCCUCUAGUGCCGUUCCAUCAUGCCCAGAAAGCGUGCUGUGACGUCACAGAGAGAGGGUGAAGGACCAGACCCCGAAUCGGAAUUGCAACGAGAUCCUUUCGCUUUAGAAGAUACAACGAGUAAUUAUGAAGAAAUCUGUGUUAUUGGCACAGGUGCCUAUGGCACCGUCUACAAAGCCAGGGACCUAGCGAACAAAGGGCAACUAGUGGCAUUGAAGAAAGUCCGGGUACCACUUACAGAGGAAGGUGUUCCGAUGGGUACUCUGCGUGAAAUAGCGUUCCUGAAACAACUCGAAGGGUUCGAGCAUCCUAAUAUAGUGAGGUUACUUGAUGUUUGCCAUGGGCAUCGUCUAGUCCAAGAACGCCAGCUUGUUCUCUACCUUGUGUUUGAACAUGUCGAACAAGAUCUGGCACACUAUCUCGAUAACUGUCCCGAACCUGGAUUGGGUCCCGAGAAAAUCAGGCAUAUUAUGUUUCAAAUGGCAUGUGGUGUAGAUUUUCUUCAUUCGAAUCGCAUAGUCCAUAGAGAUCUGAAACCUCAGAAUGUUCUCAUUACUAACUCUGGCGAAGUGAAGUUAGCGGAUUUCGGUUUGGCUCGGAUUUACGAACAGCACACUGCGUUGACCUCGGUGGUUGUGACACUGUGGUACCGUUCUCCGGAAGUCCUACUUCAGUCAAGUUAUGCCACGUCUGUCGAUAUUUGGAGCUGUGGUUGUAUAUUUGCAGAACUUUUCCGGAGAAGACCUUUGUUUUGUGGUCAGUCAGAAGCAAAUCAAUUGGGUAAAAUUUUUGAAAUUAUAGGUACACCUCCUGAAUCAGAAUGGCCAAGAGAUAUAUCCAUACCUUGGACAGCCUUUAGACACUGUACAACAGUCCCUUUAGAAACAGUUGUUCCUGCUAUUUGUCCUGAAGGAAAAGAUCUAUUGCAGAAAAUGCUCAUCUUUGAUCCAAACAAACGGAUAAGUGCCAAACAAGCUCUAAAACACAAGUACUUUAACGGUUUGGAACCUUAUGUGCCACCAGUACCACCUCGUAAAACUCGAUCCAGAGUAUCUGUAGGAACUACACCUGGAACAAGCAGCUCCAAAACUUCUGAUUAAGUCAGGAACAAAGAAAAAAAAUUUGUACAUUGCAAUAAUCUAUAACUGAACAAUUUUAUAUUAUACACAUAUGAAGUA